AUGUUAUUUUUUAAUUUUCGAAUAUUUUUUCUAAUUUUUUCAGUUUUUUAUGUGACGCAUAAACUGGACAAGAGCCACGAUGAUUCUAUUGUCGACUUAAGUUCAGCUGCCGCAGCUUUAUUACCUGAAGAACAACAAAUUUUAGAAAAACAAAUUCCAGAAAAUAGCAAAAUAUCUCCAUUAAAUUCCCCUUCAAAAUCCCCUCCUCCCCCACCUCUUCCCCCUCAAUUACUUUCCCAAUCCUCCCUUUCAAUUAAUGAAGAUAAAAAAUCUGGGGAAGAACAACACCCAAUUAUUCAACAACAAAAUUUAAUUUAUCAAUAUUCUCCAAUAAAAUUAACUUUGGAUGAAGAAGAAGCUUUGAUUUUUCUAUUGGAAUUGAUGAUAAACAUUGUUCUCGAAAACCGCGAUCGUUUAGCACAAGUUUGGCCUUUAGUCCGUGAUCAUCUUCAAUGGCUACUUAGCCCUGAUUUUGCCCAAAACAAACAAAUAACUGAAAGAUCAAUUAUUGCAUUAAUUCGAAUUGCUAAUAGAAAUCUUUUCCGUCUUGGUCAUCCACAACAAAAUGUAAAAACUCCGCCACCACCCCCAACAUUACCUUCUGCACCCCGGACGGCGUUGACUAAAAGUGUGGUUAUUGUUGUGGAAGAUGAACAAACACAACAAGAGAAUGCUUCCCAAACAAUUCAACACAAAACCAAUUGCUGUGCCGAUGAUGUUCUUCAAUUUAUGGCCCGAAAAAUUUUAGAAUUAAGACCUUCUGAUUUACUUUUAUUUUCCCAACAAAUUUCAAAUGGUCUUCAACAAUUAUUAAGAGCAAAUGCAGCGAAUGUACAUAGCGCUGAACAUUGGGCAAUGUUUUUCUCUAUUUUGGAAGCUGUCGGGGCUGCUGCUUAUCAAGAUGAUGAUUUUGAUUUGGUGGAUGUAAAUUACUUCUAA